GUUGUCUCGGGUGCGCACUGCCUUGUGGGUAAUGUUGAGGCGCAGGGCACGCGCCGGAGAGACUGCUGGCGAGAGAAGAAGAAGAAAUAGCUUCCGCGUUUCAAGGCGAGGGUAAAUGUUUUUUGUAAGUGAACACUGCUGGCAUGUUGAACGUCUGCUUCUGUCGCGCCCCGUGAGAGUAGCGAGGUAACUGCCGCCGGCCACUGCUCGUCCACUCCUUCUCUCGCUCGAGGUACGACAUGAGUCUGAACGAGCACUCGCUGCAGGCGCUGUCGUGGAGGAAGCUGUACCUGAGCCGGGCCAAACUGAAGGCUUCCAGUCGGACGUCAGCUCUGCUUUCUGGAUUCGCCAUGGUGGCUAUGGUGGAGGUGCAGCUGGACAACAGCUACCCAUACCCCCCUGCCCUCCUCAUUGCCUUCAGUGCCUGCACCACGGUCCUCGUGGCCGUCCACUUGUUCGCGCUCAUGGUCAGCACCUGCAUUUUGCCCAACAUCGAGGCCGUGAGCAACGUCCACAACCUCAACUCCGUGAAGGAGUCCCCGCACGAGCGAAUGCACCGGCACAUUGAACUGGCGUGGGCCUUUUCCACGGUCAUCGGUACUUUGCUCUUCCUGGCCGAGGUGGUUCUGCUCUGCUGGGUCAAAUUUUUGCCCAUCAAGCCCAACAAGUCCAGCAAUAAUACAGUUUCAUCCGGCGUUGCCGCUGCGAUUACAUCCACCUCCAUCAUGGUCCCCUUCGGUUUGGUCUUCAUCGUCUUUGCUGUGCAUUUCUAUCGCUCCUUGGUCAGCCACAAGACGGACAGACAGUUCCAGGAGCUGGAGGAGUUAUCCAAUCUUACCAGGCUUCAGAAUGAGCUGGACAACAGAGGGGACUCUUCCAUGUUGCAGUCUCCAAGUUCACAUUUCCCAUAGAUUAGCACAGUGGAAUUGUAGAACUCUGACUCCUUGGGAUUUCUCUAACCCCCCCCACACACACACACACACAGGAAUGAAGAUGUAUAUCUCUCACUUUACUUGUUGUGAAAUUUUACUUGUGAAAAGUUUGACCCACUGUGAACACACAAAAUCUGCCAUAGUGCAUGUAACUUGAAAUUGUGACGUCUUAACUGUGAUAGUUGCUUGAUUUAUCUCUUACAUUAUGGCAGAUACAUCUGAACAAUAACUGGGCAUCCUGUCUGUUGCCUGCUGCGUUUAUUUAUCAGUCAGUCAACACUGAAUUUAUUAAUAUACAUCACCUUGUUGUGUUUUUUUGAACCACCAGUAUUCAAAUCCUUCCUUCUUGUUAGCUGUGCACAUGAUUUAUUGUGAAGUUCACCACUUGCAUUUAUGAUGCCUGUUGUUUGCCAAAACUUGAGUAUCGACUGAGAAUAUUUGCUGACAUGUUGUAGCACAGGCUGUAGUGCUAUAAUAAACACUUUUUUACCAAGUGACACUCACA